UGCAUUGCAUUGUCUAAAUAAAAUAUAAAUUGAGAACGUGUUAAGCAUAAAUUGUGAUGGAUGAUAUGUAUUGUAGUAUACAAUAACUAGUUAUUAGAUAUAGAAAUAUGUGCACAUAUACAUGUAUAAGUGAAGUGAAUGCAUGUGUAUGCAUUAGAUAAAGAAACCCCAUUGAUUUCGGGGCUUUAAGUGUACAAGUAAUUGAAGCCACAUCACUUGAUUCAUAUUAAUUAUAACGAGCAUCCGAUAUUGCUUCACCUUGAUGGAAGUUAAUAUUGUAUAAGUGACUUCUCCUCUUAAUUUACAUCUGACUUCCUUGUCGCGCAAACACAGCUAGAGCGGGCAUGCAUACCUCAGCGGAUCAUCCAAUUGCUUGCAGCAACGUCCAUCACCACACUCGACUGCAGUUGUCGCCGCCCCGUCAGAAGUUAAGACACGCCUCCAAUACGCACAGUUCAAUUUCACCUCCAUUAGCCGCAGCAUCCUCAUCCAAUUUGGCGGAUGAAAAAUCAGGCUCCAGCAGUGGCUGCAGUAGUAACAGCACAGGGGAGAACACCAACGGUGCACCGCUUGUUAAACCGCCAUACUCCUACAUUGCCCUCAUUACAAUGGCCAUCCUUCAAUCCCCGCAUAAAAAACUCACACUAAGUGGCAUUUGUGAUUUUAUAAUGUCAAGGUUUGCAUACUACAAAGAAAAGUUUCCUGCCUGGCAAAACUCGAUUCGCCACAAUCUGAGCCUAAACGAUUGUUUUAUUAAAGUUCCGCGAGAGCCUGGCAAUCCAGGCAAGGGCAACUUUUGGACACUGGAUCCACUGGCUGAAGAUAUGUUUGAUAAUGGGAGCUUUCUGAGGAGGCGAAAGAGAUACAAGCGACCGCCUGCGAUGCAGAGAUUCCCUUUUCCAGCUGUAUUUGGGUCGAUAUCGCCGUUCUGGAUAAGAAAACCGGUGCCUUUAGUGCCAGUUCAUUUUAACGUUGCAAAUUUCACAAAUAAUCGUGACUGUUUUGAUAUGCUACAUGCACCAGCCGAUGUUUUUGACGUGGCGCGGAGAGAAGAAAAGAAAUUCAACUUCUUCGCUGGUGCAGAUGCACUCUCCUACCAAAGCAACGACAAAUUCGACGCCAUUUGCCAAAAUGUAUCAUUUAUGAGGAAGAACGCAGACGUCUUAAGUGCUAUAGACGAUAUUCAUAAGCAGGACAACAUUCAAGACAAAUUUAGUAGAUUACAUACCGCCGUGGGUGCGGCAGCAAACUUUACCGAAGAACAGAAUAUCGAUUGCAGUAAUUUGUUGCAAUAUAAAGAUACCAAUAUGUUUAAUGAAAGCGACGAUUUGUCCUGUGAUAGAAUUGAUGUUGAAAGCUCUAAUGAACAUGACUCUCACAUAUCAGACUCAAUUGAUAGUAUAUGUACAAAUAAUAGAUUAGAUCAACAAUUAGAUGGCGAAGAGGUGGCAAAAGGCAAUACAGAUGAUGCCAGUGCAAAGAGAUCGUCUCCAUACAUUCUAUUAUUUGAUAAUUCUGAAAUUUCGAAUAGCUCAACAGCAGGAGUACCAUUUACGGAUCAGAAUAAGAGCAAACAUAACUUUGUGAGCUUAAAAGAUAGACCAAUCAUGAAAUAUAAUGAGGAUGAUACUUUCAAACAAACGACAAUUCCUUUUGAUUAUGAUCAGGUCAGAUCAACGAAACACAACAACGCGAAAGACUUCCGCAUUGAGACACUGAUUGGGAAUGUUGAUGAGGCUAGUGGGUAAACCAAAUGAAACUUGUAAAUUAAACUAAAAAUAAAUUAAUAUAAAGUAUUUUAAGAAAGCAUUGUACAUUUUUCUAACACACAAAUACUUUUUUUUUUGUUUUUGCAAAUUUCAACCUCAAAUAUGACUAUAUAUGCAUUAAAUUUUAAAUUAUGUAUGUACCUACUAUAUCUCUUGAAAUUGGUAUUAUGUAUAUGUGAGUAAGUAAGACGAAAUAAAUUAAUGUGUUAUGUAAAUUGUACGAGUAGUUUAUGAGUAUGAAAAAUGAGAUAUGUAUG